UUCCCGGAAAAUUACCAUACCGUGAUUCUUGUCUUGUCAGAUCCUUAGUGGUCGGAUCAACUUCAAAGUCUUCAACUGAUCUUCAUAUCUCACAUUUUCGUCCACAUGGUGGAUUAUGGCUAGAUAUUAUUUGCAACUAUAUUGGCUAAAAAAAAGAUUGAAUUUUGUAGUUGGGGUUUCGAUUUUUGGUUCUUGAAUUGCUUGUAAUUCUCAGUUGCUUCAUUCAAGGGAGGAUGGCUUUCAGGGCAGUUCAUUCGUGGACCUUGGCUGAUCUUAUCUUUGCCUUUCGUGACCUUGCCAUUGCUUAUGUCCUGCUUUGUGGAUCCGCUUAUGCAUUUCUUUUAUCGAAAUUCUUGAGUGCUUUUGGGUUUUAUCUGCCAUGUCCAUGUACAGGCCUUUUUGGGUAUCAAAAUAACGAUUUGUGUUUGCAUAAACUGUUAAUUGAUUGGCCAAAAAGCAAAAUCUAUUAUGUCCAAGCGCUGGUGAAGAGUAGGUUCCCUUUUGAUUUGAUUUGGUUUGCGGAUCAAUCAAGUGAUUUGCAUGUGGAGGGUGUUAGAGAUAAGAAACGGGAAAAUGGGGUGAUUGGAUUGAAGGGAGAAGGGUGCUCCACUUCCCUUUCAGGUCCAAGAUUUUCGAGUUGUGUUGGUGGAGAAAGUGGAUAUGAUGCUAAGGAGAAGAAAGUUACGAACCAAAAGUACAAGCCUGGGAUCCGGAGGCGCAGGAGAGCUACUAUUGGAUAUGGUAGAUUCCUUUCUGCUUUGUCUGCAAAUAGCACACGCUCAAUUGGUCUAGCUGCUCCUCUCUCUAGUCAUGAUAGCGGCGGUGAAAUGGGAAGUCAAAUCAGUGGAAACUUGGGUCCUGCAAGUGGAACUGAAGAUGGUCUUCUGGGUGAUGGACAUGGUCCAAUUGUUAUUGAUCAUGGUAAAAGAGUUCAUAGUAGUUUUGAGUUGAAUGGGUUGUAUGACAAGGGUAAAGGCAUCAGAAACGACCCAUCAUUUGUUAAAAACAUGGCAUGUAAUGCUGAAGAUGUAUCGGACAGUGUUGGAAAUGAUGCGAUCAAAAUGUUGGAACAAUCACUUGAAGAAGAGAAAACUGCGCUAGCUGCUCUUUACCAAGAGUUGGAGAAAGAGAGGGCUGCUGCUGCUAGUGCAGCUGAUGAGGCGAUGGCCAUGAUCAUGAGGUUGCAAGAGGAUAAGGCAUCAAUAGAAAUGGAAACGAGGCAGUAUCAGAGGAUGAUAGAAGAAAAGUUUGCUUAUGAUGACGAAGAGAUGGAUAUUCUGAAAGAGAUCCUUGUUCGGAAGGAGCUGGAGAAUCAUUAUCUAGAGAAGAAACUCGAAGCUUAUCAGUUAAUGAACAUUUCAGGUAAAGAGCAGCUGGAAGAAAGCAAUCAGAUGAACAGUACUGGAAAAAGGCCUUCACUUUCAUUUGAUUCCGAUGAGAAUCUAUCCCUGCUGCCAGAGCAGAUGGUGAAGAGUAAAACCGUUUUUCAGAAGGAAGUGAAAACAAACGCAACUUGUUCAUCAAAUGAUGAAGAAAGUCAUACUCUUGCUUUUGGGAAGGAAAUGAUGCCAGAGUGUAAGGAGUCAGCUUCUGAUUCAUCUACUUCAGAAGGGGUGCUGCAGAAAACUGUUUGCGUAGCAGGGAAAGAAAAAACACAAAGAUAUGUUAGCGUGGUAUCCCAAACUUGCGGAGGCAUGGAAGAGGAGAUGGGAAAAGACGGAAAUCAUUUGAAUCAAGUAGGAAGCUGUAUGCAUAGUCCCAUGCUUGACACUGAAUUGACUGUUUAUGAUGUUCAUGUCGUUGACGAUGAAACAACAGUUUGGAAGGAGGGUGGUGGAAAAGAAAGUGGACCAUUAAGUAGCGCUCCUUCAGAUUUUGAGGUUUGGACCACUAGUGAACUGAGUGAUUGUCCAAGAACAAGCAUGACAGAAAUUGAGCCUAAUGGUCGUGGAAGCCAUUUGGAUACCACUAGCAGUUCACCAGGGUUGGGUGAUUCACAGUGCAAAACCUUGGAUAUCGACUCACAGCGGAGUUCUUCAUCGGCAGUCAAUAGUGAAAGGUUUAAAAUUGACUCUGAAGUUGAAUGGCUUAGAGAAAGGCUACGAACAGUGCAAGAGAAAAAGGAUAAAUUGACUUUCCCUGCAGAGCACAAUGAGAGGGUCAAUGCACAAUUGAAACUUGUGGAAGAGAUAAUAAGCCAGCUUCGAGAAACUUAUCAGCUGAGAGAGCCAGUGCGGCAGGCUUCUUUACCCCCUUUAUCUUCUAAGGUGAGCUUGAAAAAAAGGAGUUGCAGAAGUGCGUCGUCGGAGGCCUUUGAAAGUGCCUGAAUCAUGCAUCAUAUAUACCAGAACUGGGAAUCUGCACGCGUGAUUUAGGGUUUUCUCCUGUACCAUGUUGGUAGUAUUCUGAAAACUGUAAAUUUAAUUAGCUUUCAAAAUUAUCAGUACAUAGAGUUUGCUGUUGUAAAGUAUAAUGUUGAUCUGGUUGACGAAUUUUGAAGUGAAUCAAAAUUUCUCCGGGUUGUAUUUUUUUCAA